AACAACGACUUUCCAUAUUUAUUCACUUUGAUCUGAUGAAGGAUUCGGCUCUUGUUCUUGACCUUGGUGGUGGCACCAUAAAACUGGGACUGUCGACAGAUUCGGAGCCUUCGAUCUCUGACAACUGCAUCUACAAAUCAAAGAACGUUUCAAAUCGUCAAUUUAUCGGUCAUCAAGUAGAGGAAUGCAAGAAUCUAUCAAGUUUAUAUGGGACUUUUCCAUUCAAAAAGGGUUAUAUCUCAAAUUGGGAAGUUCAAAAACAGAUUCUUGAUAGCGUCUUCGACAGCUUUUUUGAAUCUAAAUCGUUUGGAAUGACAGACUUAAAUGUUAUUGUCACAGAACCAUACUUCAACUUUUCGUCUACUAAAGAAACUAUGAACGAAAUUUUUUUUGAGGACUACCUUGUAUCUGGUCUUGUCCGUGCUAACCGUAUGUUGCAACACUUUUUUCUGACCCAUAGUUCUUUAGCGGCUUUUCUUUCUACCUACAAGUACCAGCGUGGGCCUACUCAGCAUAUGUCUCGCUACUCUUUGGUUAUCGAUAGUGGAUACUCCUUCACACACAUCCUUCCGGUAGUUGACGGAAGAAUAAUGAAGGAUUUUUCUUUAAGACUUUCUAUCGGAGGCAAGAUCCUUACAAACCGAUUGAUUGAAGUCACAUCCUAUCGGCAACUUGAUGUCCGAAGCGAGACAUACAUUAUGAAUCAGUGCAAGGAGGACGCUUGCUACAUUUCCAAAGAUUUCUGGUCUGACUUGGCCGUUUCCAAGUCUAAGGACCCAUCCGUUAACAGUAUUCUUUGCGAGUACGUACUACCAGACUAUGUUGACAUUCAUCGGGGUUACCUUCAGAAGCCUUCAAAUGAUCGAAAUGAUGUAGCGUCAUCCCAAAUGCAAAGCUACAGGUUACGCCUCGCGAAUGAACGGUUUACGGUUCCUGAACUACUCUUUUACCCCAGUGACGUUGGAUUUUCGGAAAUGGGAAUUGCCGAGGCUGUUGCAUAUCUAAUUUCCGAAAAGCUGCCCCCUAGUGUACGUCCAGGAGCCUGGGCUAACUGUAUCAUCACUGGUGGGAACGCCAAAUUUCCCGGAUUUCAGGAACGACUGUAA